GGACACAGGACUCUAUUUAUAUCGUCCGGACAGAUAGGCCCCCCGACCACCCUCAUGCAAGGGCAGAGAGACGCCAGAGGACAUAGCCUACCCCCGCACAUAUACCCACCCACACAAACAUACACUAUGCCAGAGGGACACUCACACUACCUUUUGAACUACUUUUAAAGAUUAAGAUGCUGGAUGAAUUUCCCAGCCAUGGAUGACUUGGACCACAGUGUUCACAUUGCGGAGCGUGACUGGAAUAGCUUCUAUGAGGAGAGCGAGGAGUGUAACCUCGUCCAGGCAGAGCUCGCUGGAAUAGAUGACUCUGGUCUCAGUGACAAUGAUGAUCCUGAAAAUCCACCCCUGGAGGUGUUUACCCCAAAGUGUGCAGAGGAUGUGUGCUCUGCAUCUCCACUUAACCACAAAGAGGAGGAAGGAGUAGCAAUCACAAUAAAUCAAUCCCAACACGACAUACUGACCUCCGAACAAGAGUCUAGUGUCAGCCUUGAAGAAGAGAUACAGACACAAGUCUCCCAUUCUGUCCCUGUGCCUAAAGAGGUCCCUAAGGAGGCCGAUGGUGUGGAUCAAGAGGAUAGUGCAGACGUGACCCAAUCCUCAGAAACACAAAGCGAAGUGGAGCAGUAUGGCGGUGAGGCCGAAACUGAUCUCCCGGCUGAGAGGAAGGAGAGAGAGCGCUGGUUUGUGACUGUGAACGACAGUCCAGUGCAACUCCGGUGCCGCCCUGACACUGCGUGUCAAAGAAAAAAAAAAAAAAAGAAAACGUCUAGGAGGUCAGCCCGCAGCGUUGCAGGGUGGGAGCCAUACUUAUCGCAGUCUGAGACAGAAACCGAGACAGAGAGAUCCGAAAAGAGUAAAUCAGACAUAACAGAGAUGACUGAGAAGUGUCGUUCCACAGUUUCACAGCUACCUGAAAGACUUGUGUCAUCAGAAAACAUUCACAUUGUGCCACAGGAUCAAGCUCUUGAUCUAAAAACAAUUGAUUUGCCUGAUCAACAAACACUGUUCAAAAAACAAGAAGAAAAUCACUGCAGGUCAGCCAACCUAAGUGUUGACCAUUUAAACCAGAACGAACAGUCCACUACCCAAUCACCUCAUCUUUUCUCUGCCUCUGGAAAUCUCCCAUCUAUCCCAAUUUCCAAAUUAUUUUCAGAAAAACAAAACAACCCUCUACCCCAAACACAUAAGCGCACAGCUGAUAAUGGUAGCCCCAAUUGUCCUGUAAUUAGGUUGAAUGCAAUCACAUCAGCUGACUCAAGCAAAACAGAAGAGAAUCCACUUGAGAAUCCUUGUAAGACUGGUGUAAACCAUUUAGAUCCCUCUCACACUACUGAUCUGCUCCCCGAGCGCUUAGCAACCUUCAACACUGAUGGAGGCGAAGCCCCUUCUCCACUGCAAGAGGAUUCUGAAACCAAAGACUGGGACGGCGAGGAGUCACUCACUGAAGCACUUGAUCGUGCUCGCCCAGUCUUUGCUAUUUCUUCAUUCUGGGAUGAGAUGGAAAAGCUGACAAUCAAUGACAUACUCCAUCUGCGAUGUGGGGAUGACCGUUCUCCAUCAACAGAUGCCUACCAUUUGCACGAAAGCAUAAGUCUCCCCAGUACACACGACAGUAGCCCACUGGACCCCACAGAUACCUGUGAACAGGACAUGGAUGCUUUGGACAAUGCCGAUUCUGACUAUUUCACGCACCGGGAUGACUCCAAACCAGACCGCUCGAGCUGCGAGUUCUCCACUUUCUCUGAUUUUGACGAGGACCUCCUGCAAAUUAUCAACACCAGCUGCAGCGCCAGCCCUGAACCACAGGAGAACCUGAGGGAACAAGCCCAAACCCUCACGUUCUCAAACUUGCCAUACUCACAAGCAGCCCUGGCUGAAGAAGACAUGGAGCUUACUAGGCGGUUCGAGCCUGAGUUCCCACAGCUCUACUUUGAUACGGGCAUCCCGCUGCUUCUAUGUUCAGAUGCAGAGUCAAAUUCGCGAACCAUGAGUCCUGCCGAAAGUGAGUAUGACAUGUCUGCCCUGGAGUCAGAGAUUGUGAGGGAGGCUUGUUUCACGAAUGUCCUGCAAGAUGAAGGGGGGAAUCAAAUGCUAUUUUUCCCCUAUGAGGAGACCCAGGAUACUUCCUUAAUCUUGGCAGAUUGUGACAUUAUGAGAGCAACACCACCACCUGUCCUAUCCACUUCCAGCUUUCUGGAGGAUUCCCAUGUGAUCUCCUUCACUGAGAUGUUUCAGACUUGUGAAGAUGCUAGUAUGCUAGUACCCAGUUCGGACAAUUCCCUUCAAACGUACUCUGAAAAGUUGUCGGUGCCAGAGGCAUAUGACUAUUUUUUCUCGGACUUUGAUGACAGGAACCUUUUCUUCCCACUAAAGCAUGGGCUAAAGGGCGGAGAAGACCAAACGGUCCCCAUUUUCUCCUGCUCACGUUCUCUGGUUAGAGACCUAACAUUUCCGGAGGUGGAACAAUUCAUUGAAUCAGAGGAGGAGGAUAACUGGGCCCCGAUACGAGUAAUAUCUCGCUUUAGCGUCCAGCAGGACUCAGGAAGCUCCUCCUCGGCGGCCGCAGGCGUCUACCUCUGUGGUGAACGGAGCUGGAAGAGCAAGCUAUCUCUGAGGAGGACCAGGUUUGCUGGGAUGAGGAGCAGCUGGUGCCAGAGGGCCAAAGCCUGGAUGGCUCCAGGGAUGUUCUUCAGGGCACUCCGACGCUCCACCUCCAUUGCUGAUGUGACCCAGGGCACCUGCUCCUCUCUUCAGGUGUUCCAUCUUGGUAAUCCCAUCCUCAGGAAGAUAGCACUGGAGCAGAUCCGACUCCCAGACCAGCCUAAUACCUCCAAAAAGAAAUGCUUCCUUUUCUCUCUGAGGCAAUCGGACAUGUGUUUAGUUUGCAUUGCCUUUGCAUCUUGGGUGCUGAAGUCCACAAAUCUACAAAGCGGAGAUACCUGGAAAGCAGCUCUCCUGGCAAAUGUGAGUGCAAUAUCAGCCAUCCAGUACUUGAGGCGUUAUAAGUAUAAGACUUCUGAAGAUGAGCCGUGAUCCAGCAAUGGGAUUCGUUUUUUCAAAGGGGGCCAGAAGAAGUUAAAUCAUUUUUCACACAUUGGAUAACUCCAAAUCCACAGAAGUGCUGUACAAUCAUUUACAGUUUUUAAAAAUAUAACUUUCUUAUUUCAUCUCAAGGAUUCCCAGAGAAUGAUAUAAAGUGAAUCUGCAUCUGUAUUCACAGAGGAAAUUGUAUGGUCACAAGUGUGAUUACCAUGUAGAAGAGGUUGAUUUGGACCACAUUGCAGCACGGUGUAUGAGGGUAAGAUGUGUUUGUCAAAACUGUUCAGCCUAUGUCUGAUGCAAUGGUGUCAAAUAAAUAAAACAGAUAAUGAUGUCUGAACUACAUUAAUAUAUAAUUAAUAGAAUUAUGAAUAAAUGACUCUAUAUAAUAGAGUUGACAUUGGUUGUAAAUCCAGUAUUGGUUUGUACUUGAGGUCCAGGGAGCAUAAUUACAAGAGAUAAGCUAUGUCCAGAUUAAACCGUAGCUGGACAAGCUGCAAAAAGACAAAGGAAUGUUUCUAACUGAUAAUUGGUUUUCACUGAUCAAUCUUUGUAGUCAAUGACAGACCUAUCUGGUGGUUGAAGGUAGCUUUAAGGUUGAUGUGUAGCUGGAUGGUUUUACAAGUGAUUGUAACUGGCUUUCUGAAGCAUAUGUUUUCAAGGUACUGUAGGAGGCUAAAACUGUGAUGUAGGGAAUGCUUAAUGGGUGACUGGCAAUAGGAAGGGCAAGGGGAGUUAUCUGCUUAGUGAUCUGUUUUGCUGAAGGUUGUUGGUGGUUUUAUCAGAAGACUAGCGUGUGAUUGUGAGACAAUACAUUUAUAUUUGUGUCUUUACAAAUCGUCCCCAUAAAAUUAUAAGUUUGUGUGAUUGUGUCUGACAUUUUUGUCAAAACCGGAUUAUUGACAUAUUGUUAUUCUGUGCCAGCUUCAUAAGGCGAGAGGAGGGGUUUUUGAAGUUGUGAGCAUUUUUGGACAUUGUAUCUAAAGAGGCUAGCUCCACUCCAAGGAAUUUCAAGAUCAAUAUCUUAGAGCUACUAAGAAUGCAGAUAGAAGCCUAUAAUUCCAAGGGGACAAAAUGUAUUGACAUUUGUGCCAAUAAAUGUUAUUCAACUGUGAGUGACUCAAACCCGUUCUUUACGUUGUUUUCGUUAUGAUUUAUGUUGACUAAAUUGUGUCAAACAAUGCAUUGACAUGUGUCUAAACAAUUACAAUGACAUUUCUGUGCACAAAUGUUAGCAAAUUAUAGGCAACAGCCAAGGAGCACCUAUGUGUUGCUUGAGAUGUAUGUUGACAAAAAAUAAAUACAUAAUUGCGGUAUCACUUCUUGUUU